UGGCCUUCUGUUUAGAGAAACUUUGGUGACACUUUACUGUGGCAAACUUAGUUCCCUAAAACAGAAUCUUGUGAAAACAACAUACUGCAGUUCCUUUACAUACAAAUUUACGAAAUAUAGCCAUUAGUAGGUUAUAAUACUAUAAUAGCCAGUGGAUUUUUUAAACCUAGCUGGAAGGAGCAUUGGAGUGAUCCAAACUGCAAUCUCAUCCUAUUUAUGUACAAAAUACACCAUGCCAUGUUCAUGACUCGCAGGUAAAAACCACUUCUAUAUGAUUCUUAUAUGUUUUUCUACCACUAGAACUGUCAGUCAUUAUGUAAUCAGACAUGCCCGCAUAAUUCAGGAAGAGGACUUUUAUAGUUAUACUGUAGUUUAUAAUUAAAUCAUAGUUAGGAUAUACAGUGGGCUCAGAAAUUAUUUAAAAACACUUACCUUUUUUGCCCAAUUUAGUUUUUAAUUUAGAAUGGAGACGGCUCAAUUUAGAGUGCCUUAACCAAGAGUCUAAAUGAGAAAUUUCUGUAUUUUAUUUUAAAUAAAUUUGAAAAAAAUUCUAAAAAUGUUUUUUCUUUGUCAUUAUGCAUUAUUGUUUGUGCAAACAAGUCAAUUUACUCCAUUUAAAAUUCAGUCUAUAAUAAAAUCGGAGUCUGAAUACAUGUAUAUAUGUCUUGAACUUACAAGUGUUAAUUUUUUAGGGUUGCAAAAGUAUUUUUGUUGAACCAUGUUGCCAGGAGGUUUAAUUUGCUAAGAAAAUGUAUUCAAAUUGUAAAGAUGAUUUUGGAUAUUUCGUGCUGUUGCUGAGGUUUUAAACAAGUUCUGUUUUUCCAUAAACUACACAAUGUAUUGUGUUCACAAAUAUGGUGUAUUUUUUCCAUUUGUGUAUGAGGAUGAUGAGUUAUUAUUUUCAAUCAAUUUGGAUCUUUUAAAAUAAAAUGAAAGUGGAGAUGGAAGUCAGUCCAGGUGAUAGAAAUUGUUACGAAUAUAACAGUUUUGCAUAAAGUGUUUUGCAACCCAAGUGUUAAAUGCUCAGUAGCUUUUCAGAAACUCAGGCGCUGACAGUGAAGAAGACAGAUGUUUAGGAGAGUGGUCUAAGCGUAAAAAAAUCAGACUAUAGCUAGUUGUCCAUCAUGAAGCUGAUGCUUUUACAUCUUCUGUGUCUGACUGGUUUUGUUCCAGUCAUCCUGUCGACCAUGACAUUAAGCUCUUUCCUCAUCAAUAAAACCAUGACAUGGGCAGAUGCACAAAAUUACUGCAAGACUGUAUAUGUUGACCUGGCUAUGGCUAAAAGUCAAACCUCUUUGCUGAAACUAAGAGACACAUUAGCAAAACAAAAUGUCACAGGGCCUGUCUGGAUGGGACUGUACAAUGACUUAGACACCUGGCGCUGGUCCUACAACAGUCGCCUGUUAAAUAAUAUAACCCUAAGAAUGUGGGCUGGUGGACAACCUGAUAAUCAGAACGGUCAUGAAUGCUGUGCUGCAAUAGACAACAAUGGAACGUGGUGGGAUAUGUCCUGCCUAGACGUAAACCCCUUCAUAUGCUAUAGUGCUAGUGGUGCAAACAGGUAUGUUGGUUUCACUACUGUCAUGAACUGGGCUGAUGCUCAGGCUUACUGCAGGCAGUAUUACACAGACCUGGCCAGCCCAUUCAAUGCCACAGAUAACAGCCUGGUACAGCAAGUGGCAACAGUCCAGGGGUUUUCUUGGUUCGGUCUAUUCAGGGACAGCUGGAGGUGGGUAGAUGGGACCAAAGUUGGCCAACUCUUGUGGCAAUCCCCACUGCCUGAUAAUGUUGAUCCCCAGGAAAACUGCGGCACACUUAAUGGCGGAAUACUUGAUGAUACAAAAUGCACCAACCAGUACUAUUUCAUCUGUGACAUCAUUCCAGUGGUGAAAUAUGCAGUGAAACUGCAGGUGAAGUCUGAUCAGAGUGUGUUUGAUCCUGCUGUGAUUGCAGCCAUUUUAGAGCAGAUCAAACAGAAACUGGAUAAAAAGACCACUGUGUCCUGGAGGGUUCAGCCAGACAGAAACAUCUUUCACAAGAAAAUCCAGCCCAACAGCCCUUGAAAUUGCUUGGAAAAUAUGUUAACCUGUCUGUUUUACUCCUGCCUGGUUAUCUGAUUAUUCCUCUGGUUUUGGGAAUACUGUGAUCAUUGUUUUUGACCCUGACCCUUCAAAGUACCACAGGACCAGAUGCUCUCUGAGGUCAGAUGUUACAAAAAAUGUUACAGCAAAACUCAUUUUUACAGUUAAUUUUUUUUGGGAAAAAAAUGACUAUAUGUGGAAUACACACACAUGAAAUCAUGAUUCCACAUUUUCUCAGUCAGAUCAGAUUAAAUAUUUAUUCAUAAAUAUUUAUCUAUUUAUAUAAUGUUAUAACCUAAACAUUUUAUUUAUUAACUUGUUUAUUUCUGUGUCUCUUUUGUUUCUGAUUUCUGUUUUUAUAACUUUUUUUGUCCUCAUUGUUUUUGUGAGAAUUAGAUACUGUAAUGUACUGUAAAUAAUUAAACAUGCAGACUUCUGGACCACAAAACGUUAGACAUUUUUUAGGCAGGGUUUUUCUCCACCAAUAAAUAAAGGUGCCUUCAACUGUCAGUUUAAGGUCUGUUUUAAUUUGUAAUCUAGAUGUCGAUUGUGCUUUUUGUUUCAUUUUAUCUGCCUCCUGAAUUCUGUUUUAGAUCAUUUAAAUGAGGGUUGUGGUGAAUGAUAUGUUUUCUGAUGUUUGCAGAACUAAAAUUAAUAAACUUCUACUUAUUUAUCUUUAAUAUUCCACACAGCUCUGUUCAUUGUGGGAUCAGAG